AUCUCCAUCCUUCUUUUACCUCGAAAUAUGCAAUGACUAACCAGUUGGUAUAGAACCUUAAAGAAUUCAUCAUGAGACAAGACGCUAAGAAGAAAAUUGGAACUAUAGAAAAGGGAAAAAGAUGAGAUUUCUUCAACCAGAAAUCCAUCGAGCUUCUCAAAGAGUGGCUUGAGGAUAACCUUGAUCAUCCUUACAUCGAAAGGAGGGAUCUCAUAAGAAUCCAGGAAGAGACAGGCCUCACUAAAAAACAAAUCAUGGGUUGGUGCACUAACAUUAGAAGAAGGAGACUCACUGUUGUACGUGACCCAGAUGGCAGCAGAAAACUUAUCCCUCUAGAGAAUCCUGAAAAGAAGAGGAAAAAGAAUGAAUCUGGAGAGAGAAAGCCGAUUGUAUUGGCUAACAAGAAGGAAGAGUCCUCUGAUGAGGCCUCUACGAAUAGCCAACAACAUAGUGUAUCUGCUCAGGAGCCAGGGGUUAAGGAAAACUCAGAGAACACCUCUGAAAAUAUUAUCCAGAAUGAGUUCAAGGAAAUGCCAAAAGAUUGCUCUGAAGAAUCUUCCCCAAAAUUGAAACAAGACUCGGACGAAAUUAGGAAGAGUGAGGAAGCCCUGAAGAAAUUGAAGGAGGAAUUAAAGAGCUUUAUGACUAUCCGCUUGAGUUCUUCUACAUUUUGAUGGUGAGAACUGAUUAACUCAUUUGACCCUUGCCCGGUUUAGUA